AUGGCUCUGCUCCAGCAUGCCGUCCGCGCCGCCCGCGCCCCUCAGUCCAUCCUCCGACAGGCGCUCCCCACGGGCUCCCGCUUUCUUGCGGUGCUGCGCCCUGAGGCCAAGUCAAUGCCCGGCCAGCUUUCUCAGACUUCGACGGCUGUCCAGACCGCAGGACUCGGGGAGCCCAUGACCAAGCGCAACGCCGGAGUGUCCGUGCUGGGCUGUGCCAUCGCUAUGGUUGCGGUGGGCGGUUGCGCUCAGGGCAUCGGACAACUCUUCGCGGCUCUGGUGGUGGGAAUGGCUCGGAAUCCAUCCAUGAAGGAGGACCUUUUCACGUACACGCUGAUUGGGAUGGGUUUCCUGGAGUUCCUGGCCAUUGUGGUCAUUCUGAUCGCAGGGCUUCUGCUGUACUCCGAGUCCGCCCCGCUUACCCAAUGCUUUGUUGCUGUGAUCCGUCUCGAGGUGACCCGUCGCCAGCAGCAGAGGCGCCGAGCUUUGAUGGACCUGCUGGAGAAGGCGGAGGAAGACGUGGCCGCCCCAAGCCCCGAAGCUCAAGAGGGCGCCUGCGCGGGCACGACCGCGCAGGAGCCCUCCGAUAGCCCAGCGGGACCGGCCGAAGUGGCCCUAGACGAUGCGACUCCGCGAAGCGGAGGCCCAGACCCAGAGACGAAUUCACAUGCGGACACGGCCGUCGAGGUGGACACAGCCCCCCUGCCGACGCCUGCUCCCGGCACUCCGCCAGCACACUCCAAGGAUGUGCCGACCGCCGCCGGAGGUGGGACGGCAGCAGUGCGGGCAGUGCGAGCAGCCUGUGCUUCCGAUCUGAGUACGAACGCCCCUGAGGUAGUUCGGUUGACCCGACGGCUGUACAUAGCAGCAUGGCUGAUCCGCCACUGGUCUGUGCCUGAGGCGCAGGACGUGUCGAAGUCUCGAGUCGAAGGCUUGGCGGCGCAGCUGCGGCGCGAGGUGCGAGGCUUCCUGCGCACGGCCGGAUGGCCGAAGAGCCGAGCUCCGCGGCGCGAUGCCGGCGUCUGGGUUCCCUGGCACGACUGCCGCUGGGCACAUGUGCUGUGCCAGUUGGCCUUGCCGCAGCAAACGCGGCUCCUCUACUUCCCUGAAACGGGGCACCUUCAGCUGCGGGGCCCCAGCGUGCUCUUCCCUCUCGGUCUCACGCCGGACGGGGUGUGGAUGGAGGCGGAGGAGGGCAAUGCCUUGGUACCGCCGCGGACUUGGGCGGCCAUAGGCGGCGCGGUGCGGGCCUCUGGCACAGGAGAGAUGGCCCUGGUGAUGUCCACUCAAGUGGCCGAGUGUCGGCAGGCUUCGGCUGCCAUGCCUCCUUUUCAGGAGGCUUUUCGAUGGAGUCUCAGGGCGAUCCUGGCUGAGCUGGCCUUGACGAGCCCAGGGGCCCCGCGACACCUCAUCGACUUCGCGCUCUCCUUGAACUAUGCAGCUGUGAACUUGUACCUGGCGCUCAAGCACGCCGACUUGCGGCAUGAAGCCAAGGAGCAAACAGACCUGGGUUGGCCCCAGUGGCUCCGGCAAGAGUGGAUGAUGGACCUCCGCAGGAUCUCCUGGGACAUCAUGGACUUGUUUGGCCUGCAGAGCCAGAAAGCCCAGGAAGUCGGAGCCUUCACGGACGAGGAGAAGGAGAUGAUGAGUGUCCAUUUGGAGCCUCAUCUGCAGCAGAUGCAGAACAUCCUGGAGGAUCUUGCAACCCUGAUCAUCCCCACGCCCUCGCCAUGGAUGUCCGCACCGCCGGUGGACCUGGACGCCUCGGACGCUGCACGGCACUACUGGACGUCGCUGUCGCCUGCAGACACGGUCCAGGUGGAGGCGCAGCCGACAGCUCUGCGUGUGCCCGCGGUUGGAAUCUACACCUCGGAAAGGCCGUACCGGUGCUCACAGGCCACUUGGUGGGCUCUUCAGCUGAGGGUGCGUCACCUCCAUCUCGCAGGCAGCCGACGCUGCCUGCGAGCCGCCGCAUCUGUGCUGAGGCACCGAGGACGCAGAUCCAGGAUCUUCAUUUCAGUGGCUGCGCAGCAUCCCGCGGACCUGCACAGGAUCUUUGCAAAGGUCGGCCUUGUCCUCCUGCCUGGCCAGGAUGCUGCAAGCGCCCGUCAAGGUCCCACUGCCGCUCUCGGGCGUGAUUUCUGCGACUGGACGCCGUAUGUGGGCAGUGAGUGCAUCAACCAGGGCAGCAGCGAGCUCUAUGCAUCCAAAGCUCAAGCCGAGAGGACGUCCGCUGACGUCGUUGUGCGGCUGGUGCUGAGCAAGGCUGCGGCGCUGUUUCCGGCACUGGAGCCCUGGGAGGACCCUCACAUCCGACAGCUGGCAUUCGAACUCGGUCAAACACCGCCUUCCUUGUUCGCACAGCUGCACUUGCAGGAGGGUCGUGGAGUACUGCUGGAGGUGCCCGAGAGCCUCGGAAGGUUACGACACGACCUCCGACAACUGGGCCGGCAUUCCCUGAGCUGGAUGCACAUGCAGCGCCUGCGCGAGCUGCCCGGCUUGGCCGCAGGGAAGAUCGGAGAGCUGCCAGCUGAGACGAUGGCCCUCCGUGCUGCCGACCUGGCCGCCCAGACCUGGACAAGGCCCAAGCCGGCGAGCGAGGACGCCUAUGGCUUGAGCGAUGUGCCCAUCCACCGCUUGCACGUUGGGGUGGAGGAGAGGCUCCAAGAGUCCCUGAAAGUGCUUGUCAGCCGACUGGAGGCUGCUCCAUGCAUCAGCUCGCAUGCUUGCGAUCCGCGGGCAGGCGCGGACUCUGCCUCCCACGUGGAGUGCCUGCUGAACUCCUUCCAGCCGGGGAAGGUGCCCGACGGCCCUGGCAACUUCGCUUCAGCCUUGUCUUGGAAGCUAUGGGCGGACCUUCUUACCGCAAGGUUGGAGGAGGCGGUGCCCCAGCUUGAGAAGUUGCUGAGCUUUGACUUGCCUGCGGAGAGGCCACGGCGGCCGCGCUUCGUGGUGAUGGAUGACUUUCUGCCGGUGGCAGUGGCGCCUGCCCUAAUGGAGGAGCUGCGCGACCGCGGCGUGCACAUGUGUGAGGUGUUGGCGGACUGCACAUCUGGCACCCUGAAGUGCGAGCUGCAGCCAGGGAAGCACGAGUUCGGGAGGAUCAGCGCCGCCAUAAGCACGCCUUGGGCCAUGGAGGUCAGCCACUACCUCCUCUCAGAGCAGUUCUUGGCCCUGCUGGAGCAGAUCACGCACCGGCGGCUGCGCCCGGCACCGUGGUUUAAACAAGGCAACCUCCUGGAGACGCUCCCGUCGGGGUACCUGGGCUUGCACGAGGAUCGAUCUCAGCGCGUCCAUCGAGAUGCCCCGCCCACGCCCUUCGAGGAUAGCCGACUCCCACGUGUCAAUGCCCUACUCUUCGUGAAUGACCUGGACGGCGCUAGCUACACAGGUGACCUGGAGCUGUGGUCGCUAGAUGGAGAUUGGCCCAACCUCAGUCCCCGGAGCCCCGUGGCGCGCGUGGCGCCAAAGAGCAACCGUUUGCUGCUCUUCGACACCGUCUGGGGCGUCCACGGACUUCCGUGGCCUCUGCUCGGCAACCAGAGCCGGAGGGCACUGCAGUGGUACUUUGUCGAGGAUGGGGCAGAACACGCCCCUGGGCUGGUUCGCCACAACUUUCCCGCGGGCUGCGGUUCCGACUGUUACGACGAUGUCGAGGAACUGUGA